CGUAAAUUAGUGCUGUGCGUGUGUAUCUAAAGGAUUUUGUGCUUCCGAAGGGUUACAAUCUGCUUACUCGAGUAGCAGAGGCAUUAACAGUAACGAGUACAAACCGAGCACGAAUUGCAGCAGUGGUAUCACGGCAUCUUUAAAUAAAGCUAUCUGCUGACACUGUAGCAAAAACAGCGGCGCAAACGAACGCACAAAAGCACUUCCAUGAGUGAAGCUGAAAGUGAUUCCAAGUUGGCAGCCGCCAACACCAUCGAUAACAGUGGUGCUGAAAACGUGUCAGGUGAAGAUAGAGACUUGGUGGAAAGAGUAGUCGCAAAAAAUGAAUCCUCUGUUGGUGAGAACGUCUCUGUCCUCGGCUCGACGGAUCAGAAGUUGGAUUGGGUUUUGACAAACUACGACAAGAAAAAUUCCGAGCCCCAGUCACUCGAAGAAGAACUCAAGCGCCUCCAGGCUCUUCGUUCAUAUCUGCUACUUGACAGCGAGCGAGAGGAGCAAUUCGAACGACUAACUGCUCUUGCGAGUCGUGUUAUGGAUGUCCCGAUUGCCUUAGUGAGUUUGGUCGAUCUUGGUAGACAAUGGUUCAUGUCAAAUCGCGGUCUGGGUGAUGUCAGAGAGACACCCCGAAGUUCCGCCUUUUGCAGUCACGCCAUUCUUAGCAAGAAUGAAAUACUUAUCAUCAAGGACGCAAAAAAAGAUCCUAGAUUUGUCAAAAAUCCUUUGGUUACGGGACCUCCCUUCAUCCGAUUUUAUGCGGGAGCUCCCUUGGAAACACCAGAGGGAUACAAACUCGGGACCUUUUGUAUCAUUGACACUAAGCCAUGGCCCGACGGAUUGGACUUAGAUGGCAAACAAAAUCUGCGGGAGUUUGCAGGGCUAGCUGUCGAAGUCAUGAUCUCGAGGAAGAAGCGCCGAGAACGCGAAGAGGAAAAAAACUCACAGAUGAUUGCCUGUGCGGCUCAUGAUCUAUUGACACCACUCUCSGGAAUCGAGUUGAGCUUGCACUUACUCAAGGAAGACGAGGACUUCCAAUCGAAGAUAGCUCGGAAGCACAAAGGGAAAAUGAUGAAAGUGGAAACUUGCUCUGGAAUCAUUCAGGAGAUUUGCCAUAGUGUUCGUACAACUUACGCAGAGACAAAGAGCUCCUUUGAACAGUCCCUGAUGACGGCAAAACAGGAACGAGUGAAGAUAAGCACUGUUAUCGAUAAGCUCUACACAGCGAUUGAACCGCUGAAAACAGAUGUGUUGRUCACAAUCAAGGCCGAUCCAGACUUAUCUAAAGAAAUCAUUUCUGAUCCAUCGAAACUCWUCCGGUGCGCACUGAACUACUUAGUAAUUGCAUGCAAACGUACCAAGAAAGGGCAGAUUACCUUGACUCUAUUCUCGAAGGAAAAGCCUGGUACCGAUAAAAAAUCUAUUCUUUUUGUAAAAUGCGAGGAUACCGCCCCUGCAAUUGACGUAGAUGUCUACGAACAUUUGUUCAGACCGCCUUCGAAUGAUGUCGCUCUUUUUGAAGAGUCGAAAUAUGUUGACAGCGAAAAGAGAGAGCAGAAUUUGGAUCUUUGCCUGUUUUCAGUGGCGAGCGARAUGAAUGUGAUUGGCGGAGAAUAUGGCUUUCGACCCAGGUCUGACGAAGAUGACAAUGGUUGCGAAGCUUAUGAUAAAGAGAUUGGAAGUGUUACUGGCUCAGUUUUCUGGUUUUGUGUUCCGUGUAUGGAAUUGGAAGACGAUCCUAAUGCUGAAUCUGAAGAAGACGAUAAUAAACAAUCUUCAGUGUCCGAAGAUGAUGYCAUAGCGGUUGAAAAAUCAGUGAAGGAUGAUUUAAGGUCRGAAGACGAUUCAAAAGUGACAAGAAAAAGACGCGCGCUUGUGAUUGAAGAUUCAGCUAUCAUUCGAACCAUGCUGUGCAAGAUUCUUGCAAAACUUGGUUUUGAGGUGUCCGAGGCAGAGAAUGGGAUGCAGGGGCUGGAAAAAUUGAAGAGUACAUUGUACGAUUUGACUCUCAUUGACUUUUUGAUGCCAAUCAUGGAUGGAUUGGAUUGCAUGCAGCAAUAUCGGAAUUGGGAARGCUACCACAGACCGUGGAUGACACAGCGAAUAAUUGGGAUUUCAGCACAUGCAACACAAGAAGAUGUAGAGAAGGGACUGAAAAUCGGAAUGGACGAUUAUAGAGCGAAGCCAAUCACUGCCAAGGUCCUUUCAGAUCUCAUCAAAUGCGACCAACAAGUAGAAACGAGCCGUCGUCUGGACGAGUUAGAACGCCGUGAAGCCUUGAUCAAGAAUGCCGACAAACCAAGCGAGGACACUGAAACAAAGAAAAAGAAACACGAAAUUGACGGGAGAGCUUGCACUCUGUUGAUGAUUUCGCCGAGAAGCGAAGAAGAGCACACGAAACAGAUACAAGAAGUGGUCAAGAGUUGUGGGUGGCAGACCACAACGGCGUCUACAGAACGCGAAGCUUUAGUUUGGUUAAAGAUGAGAACGUGGGAUCUUGUGCUUGUUGAUGAGACGCUGGGUCCAGCAAUCGGCGAUUUCAGAGAAUGGGAAUCAAAAAAGCGACAAAAUCUUCAAGAGCGAAUAACACUGAUGAUGGAAAAAGUGGAUGAAUUAAAGGGUGAACCCCCGAAAGGUUUGGAUGCACUUGCCGGCAAACCCAUGGCCUUGACUGCGGUGGAAAGUUUGCUAGAGAGGACGUACUUGCAUCUCGCUGGAACUCGAGGGAAAUAAGUUUGACAACAAAAUGUGAUAGGUCUAGGUAUUUUUGUUAGAUGAUCGCUUCAAUAAUACAGUAACCUGUUUUGAUGCGAUAGGUUCUCUACUUUUUAAUACCAUGAUUGCUCUUGAAAGAAUGCUUGAACGCUGUGGGUCCUAGAUAUGUUUCGAUAGCUUAUGGAACGCAAAACAAGGAAUMUCCUAUAUUUUUGUGGAAAAAAUUAUACCAGCCCUCAAUGAGACCGGUACGGAACAAUAUUCCUGGCCUUCAUAGUGCCGCUCCUGGUUCACAAGAAUGUACAUGAUGUUUUCUUACAUUCUACAGGAAUAGCCCUAGCGUCAUAAAUAAUAAACAGAAGAGGCAGUGCUGUGAAUACUGUUGAAAUCCAAAUUUUGAAAUCUGAAAUACCACCACGAUUGUGUACAACACGCAACUGUAGAGUCCAUACGAAUGCGGAAUGACCACGAGUUGCAUCCAGAGCCCUACAGCAGGAAUAGCGUAUCGAAGAACAUCCGAAGGUGUAGCAUCUUGUACAGGGAGGAAUCUUCUCUCUUCCACAGCCGCAUSCCCUUUCUUGACAUCUUCUAGAAAAGAUAAGGAAGACCAAAGAAAGUUUACAAGCAUCGCCCCUAGAAACAUGUCGACACUGUAGUGAAAGCCCUCGUAAAUUUCGACAAAAUAAUCCAAUGUAACGGACAUCCAUAUUGCAGUUGUGAACAAGGGUUUUCCAACAAUACUAGUUAUUACACAUGCAAUGGUGGAAGUCACGGUUGCAUGACCCGAAAUAAUUAGAUCGUUGCAACCCCCAUCAAUUUGAGGAAUCAAUCCGACCUUGAGCCAGGAAUACCAAUCCUUGGGGGGCAUGGGAAAGUGGCUGAAGAAACAUUGAGGAUUUUGACUUGGAAGAACGGUGAUGAGAAAGCUAAAUGUUCGGAUGGAGCGUGCCGCAGCAAGCGUCAAAACACCUCGCAUUGCCAUGGACCACAAAUUUCGUUGCAUAGAGGGUCCCUGUAGCUCAAUGGCUACCAAAGAAAGGGCAAGUCCCGACACGAGAAUUGCCUCGACGUUGAUAAUGUUUCGGACCUUGACAACGUCUCGUUUCGUGAUAUUCAAAAGCUCGUGGAAUAGAUACUGGAGUGAAAUCUGUCCGUUGUCUUGGAGGGGAGUAGGAAGUGUGCUCAGGUUUUGACUCGGCUUGUAGGUUGCCGAAACGACCCAGAUAAAAAAGUUUUCCGUCAAGAGAACAGCAAUUACUAAAAAUACUGAGAAUACAGCCUUGAGCUGACCAGACAUUUCUUUUUUUUUGGGUUGCGACUGAUUGCCCUUCGUGUCUGUCCCAGUAUCACUUUUGUUCUUGGCCUUCUCUUCCUCUAUUGGUCUAGAAGCCAGUCCAAAUAGUACAAUUCCAGUAGCCGCCAUGGCGUAACUGAUAAAGAUAGGAAGCUGACUAGCAAAUACUGUCGCUGCCACCGUAAGAGGAAUAUAUCUCUGGUGCGGCAAAUCUUUCGUUGGAUUUCCMGAGAUUCCCAUACCCACCGCCAAUGUGAGCAGCAUAGGAAGAGUCGCAACAAAGGCUGACACGAUGACCGUCAAAAGGUGGCCGACUGAUCGAAUCCCUGACUUCCURAUAACAGCCAGUUGUACUGUGACUUCCAGAACAGCCAAACCGAGGAAAACUAUGGACCGAGGGGGAUUCGGCAAAAAACCACUGCCCAAAUGGCCAUCCCCUGUUUUCAUGCUCCCCUCUCGACCGUCUUUGUCCGAAGGAGACGACGGCGGUGACGAGGAUGAUUCGGCCUUGGUAGUUCCAGCGGCGUGCCGACGGUGCAACGGCAUCAUCGGAGCAACACGGGUUGUGUCCCACAAGUUAUAAACUGGAAAGCUACCG